UGACAAGGCAAAACUGUCGCGGAUAUCACAUUAUAUUAUUUGGAUUAUAAAUUAUUAUUUGGAUAUAAAUUAGAUCAUCGUAUGUAAUAUAAGGUAAAAUAUCAAAUGGUAGCUUAUAUUGUGGUCAGAAACGCUUUUUGCAUUAUUAAAUGAGUGGUUCAGUCUCGGAUAGGUCAGUGACAGUGAAGGGCGCUAGAGAGUCGGUCCGGGCGGAACCGGACACUGUGUGUCGCUCGGGUUCCGGUCAGGAUCGGUCCAGUAAACCCGAAUAACCAUGGCGUCCGCCGGUCCACCCGACACGGGCUUAUCCGCCCCUCCAGAUCUGAGGACUCCUUUUUGGAGGCUGUUGGCCUCACGGAGAGGGUCCAGCGGAAUUCGCAAGAUGACAUUGACGGAGGGGCCGGGAUCAUCUCAGAGUAUGAAGAAGACUAUUGGUCACAGAGGAGUUGACCCCACUGGAGAAACAACUUACAAAAAGACGACUUCCUCCGCCCUCAAAGGUGCCAUCCAGCUGGGAAUCACACACACGGUGGGCAGCCUCAGUCAGAAAGCAGAGAGAGACGUUCUCAUGCAGGACUUCUAUGUAGUGGAGAGCAUCUUCUUCCCGAGUGAAGGAAGUAAUUUGACUCCAGCACACCACCACGGUGACUUCAGGUUUAAGACCUACGCCCCCAUCGCCUUCCGUUAUUUCAGGGAACUCUUCGGCAUUCGACCUGACGAUUAUCUGUACUCUCUGUGCAACGAUCCUUUGAUCGAACUGUCCAACCCUGGAGCGAGUGGAUCGAUAUUUUAUGUGACAAGCGAUGAUGAGUUCAUUAUUAAAACAGUGCAGCACAAAGAGGCAGAGUUCCUGCAGAAGCUAUUGCCCGGCUACUUCAUGAAUCUGAAUCAGAACAAGAGAACGCUGCUCCCCAAGUUUUACGGCUUAUAUUGCGUGCAGGCGGGCGGAAAGAACAUCCGGAUUGUUGCAAUGAAUAACCUGUUGCCCCGUAGUGUGCCUAUGCACCUCAAAUAUGACCUGAAGGGCUCCACAUGCAAGCGCCGUGCCUCCCCCAAAGAGAGAGAGAAGAGCGUGCCCACUUACAAAGAUCUGGAUUUCAUCCAGGAUAUGCCCGAGGGCAUCCAGCUCGAACCAGACAACUACAACGCCCUCUCCAAAACCAUCCAGCGGGACUGCCUGCUGCUGCAAAGCUUUAAGAUCAUGGACUACAGUCUUUUGGUGGGAAUCCAUAACUCCGAUCAGGCGUCCCGUGAGCAGCGAGCAGGGGCAGUAGAGGCCGGGGGGUCCGAGGGGGCCGUGACGCCGGACCACAGGAGGCCACAGGCUCAGAAAGCUCUCUACAGCACCGCUAUGGAGGCCAUACAGGGAGAGGCCAAAGGGAAAGGAACCCUGGAAACAGAGGACCAAUGGGGAGGAAUCCCUGCACGCAACGGUAAAGGAGAGAGAAUACUGAUUUACAUUGGGAUCAUCGACAUAUUACAGUCAUACAGAUUUAUUAAAAAAAUAGAGCAUUCCUGGAAGGCCUUGGUUCACGAUGGGGACACGGUCUCUGUACAUCGCCCCGGAUUCUAUGCGGAGCGCUUCCAGCGUUUCAUGUGCAGCACAGUUUUUAAGAAAACACUGAAAUCAUCCCCCUCAAAGAAGAGCCGAAGUGGCUGUUCGAGUUUUGUGAGACGCCUUCCGAUGGGAAGCUCUGCUUCUGCUUCUGCUCCCAGUGGACAGACAGUUGCUGACGCCAGACUCCUGUACCGUACUCAUCCUCACCAGACCGACUCCGAAGGAGAGAGUGGCAUGCACCUGGGCAGACCCGACCUGCUCCCAAAUCCUUUGGCUGGAAGCUCCAGUGAGUUUGGGGCAACAGAUCUGCCAAACUCUUCACCUGGCAGCACAGGAAUGACAUCGUCUUCACCUCCUCAAAGGUCUGUAGGGGUGGAGGUGCACAAAUCUGCAGUCGCUGAGCCUGACAGCAGCGGCCCUCUGAGCUCUGGAGCCGAAUGCUUAGAUGAACAGUUGAGCAACAAAGAUGCCAUUUCACUCAAAGACAUCAUCCCAGAAACUGACAUUUGAUUUGUACAUUUUAAAUGAACAAAUGUAACGAAAAUAUUUUCAUUCUGAACCCCAAAUGUUUUUUUCAGCAAGAGCAGAACUCUUACUGGUGACACAGGAGCCGAGCAUCUAAACAAGUGAUGGACACAGAACCUCAGAAGAGAUGAGGGGUGCUUCUGAGCGCGGGUAUGAUGGGGAUUUUCCCUCAGUGGGAGCUUCAGAACGAACUCCAGGGCCAGAACACAAUGAAGUAUGUUUUAAAAGUGAGUGAGAGACAGAGGGAAUGAAGAAAAGCUACUGAGCGAGGAGUUUUGCCUGCUUUUUCCUCUUCUGUCGCACAGGAAGUGCUGCUAAAACCAGAUUUAACCAGAAAAUGCUUGGAAAAGUGAUGUUAGCAUCUCAGUCACACUCUUUACUCCCUUUGUUUGCUCCUAAACGUUUAAAACAGAGCAAGCAGGAUGCAAAACCUUAUUUAGUUUCCUUUACCUAGCUAGAGGACGUUACACAGUUGGCACCACUUUAUAGUAUCGUUGGAGGCUAUGUUGCAUAGAUCUUUAUUUAUAUAGGUCUUUAAACCUAUUAAAUCUCUCUGAACUGGUGUGAUGAGGACUAAUGGCUGCUGGCGCUCCAGUAUACUUCUCUCAGAAGGUGAGCGUGUGUGGCAGAGAUAAGCAAUCAAGAUCUAGUUCUCAGUGGCUUCUGUAUAUACAUAUAUGAAGGUUAAUUUUGUUACGACUUUUUUUUUUUUUUUUUAAGUAAAUCUGAUGAGAGCAUCUCAUUUGUGGGUUUUCCCAGCUCUUUCUGUGUUGAGACGGCAUGUGCCAUAAGAACGACAAAAAUAUGGGGGGAAAGAAAUGACCAAAAAUGAUUCCAAAAGUAAUUGUUAAAAAGUAAAUGCAUUUGAAUGUUACAGAUAGGUGUACUAUACCUCCUCUGAGGUGCCACUAAUUUUUAAUAUCAAGGUUGAGAAAUGCACGGACCUGCUUCCAUGCCAUAUUCUCUCAUAUUGUUACUGCACAUAUUGCUGCCAUGCCAAGGGCCCUCUAAUAUUUUGUAUAUAGUUCUGUAAAUAUUCAUUCUGUGUUCCUGUACGUUAUAAAACGUUACUAAUGUGCUCUUUUGGCACAGCAGCUAUUAUCUUUUAACUAACAUAUCAAUGACGUCUUCCGAUCAUCUGCCUUAAUGCAGCCAUAAAAAUUCUAUGGCUGCAGACUUUUGCUCAAGUCAUUUCAGAUCUACCGGUUACAGAUGAUUUUGUGACACAAUGCAUGUUUUGUAAGUCUUUUUACUGGCCCUUUCAUACAAACCUAAGCAUUUUCUAGCAUUAUACACAAUCAUAGUGUGUAGACAAGACUGAAGCAGUCUGAAUUAAAGGAAUGUAAGCUGAAUUUAUAUUCGAACAGGAUGUUUUGUCGAUCUUAAGAUCAUUCAUAGCUGAUUUCCAAAUUCCAGUUUUCCUUGAUUUCCAAGGACCUCAAAUCCUGUACAGCCAUGAAGAUGUUCUCUGGAACAGUUGUACUUUAAGACUCACCCUGAGAUUAAAUAAUCUAAGUAAAGAUUAAAAGAAUGAAAGAAAUAGACACUAGUGGACUUUACCAGGGCACAUGUGAACAAUUUUUUCUAACAGAAGAGCCUUUGGUUCAGUAAAAGCUCUCAGUGAAUCUGCCUUUCUAUUUUCGCUUCCAUUUGACUCCUAUUGUUUAACAGAGGAAAUGGUUUUUAAUGGAUCUAUCAUUUGAAAGGGAUUACUUACAGUUUCUCUUAAUAGUCAGAGCUGAUUUCAGGCUUGGAGACCUGUGUUAAACACAGAUCUGAGACUGACAUUGCAGUCUUGAAGUAUUUAGAAUAAGGGCUGACUGUAGUCUUGAACAGUUUUGUGUUGUCCCAAAUGAAACCGCUCUUAAAAUCAUGCAGGUUUGGGACUGAAGUGAUGUUUUCCCAAGGAUUUGAUUUUGCAGACCUGAAGAAAAUGCAGAUAGAAUAUGAACAGGAAGUACAUUGACAGUCUUUCACAAGACUGUGUUGAAGAAAUGUUCUCUAAACCUUCAGUGGAUGCAGUAGUUAUGUUGUUUUUGAUAUUUUUUAAUGUUUGAUCAAAAUGUAAUUAGCAUGCCUGUGGACAUACGUUUUGUGUAAAUUUUUGCUUUGUGUUUUAUUUUAUUUUUUGCUCUUUUGAUUUGAAUCCUUUCAGUGACUUUUUCAAGUCAUUGUCAAAUGUUACACAUUAAAUCAGGUUACAGAACA